CAGUACGAACAGACCAGAUUCGCUGAUUGUGUGGCACAUCCGAAAGUGAAGAGUUAAUAGGAAAAUGGCAGAAGUUGCUCCGGCUCCCGCCGCCGCUCCGGCCAAGGCACCCAAGAAGAAAGCGGCACCUAAGCCUAAGAAAUCAGGUCCCAGUGUCGGGGAGCUGAUUGUGAAGGCUGUGUCCGCCUCCAAAGAAAGGGGUGGCGUGUCUCUUGCCGCUCUGAAGAAGGCUCUGGCAGCCGGUGGCUACGACGUGGAGAGGAACAACUCCCGCCUAAAGCUAGCGAUUAAGGCUCUGGUGACCAAAGGGACUCUGGUUCAGACCAAGGGAACCGGCGCCUCUGGCUCCUUCAAGCUGAACAAGAAGCAGAGCGAAACCGUCAAGAAGCCCGCGAAGAAAGCCGCUCCUAAGGCCAAGAAGCCAGCAGCAAAGAAACCGGCAGCGGCGAAGAAGCCCAAGAAGGCGGCGGCCUCCCCAGCGAAGAAGCCGGCGGCCGCCAAAAAGUCUCCCAAGAAGGCAAAGAAGCCGGCCGUAGCCAAGAAAGCCACCAAGAGUCCCAAGAAGGCGAAAAAGCCGGCGGCAGCAAAGAAGGCCACCAAAAGCCCAAAGAAAGCAAAGGCAGCCAAGCCUAAAGUCGCUAAACCCAAGGCUACCAAAGCCAGAAAAGCCGCUCCCAAGAAGAAGUGAAGGAACAGGCGCUGACUUCCAGACCUUGGGAAAACAAAGGCUCUUUUAAGAGCCACCCACUGAUCUCAGAAACAGAGCGUUGUCUUUAAAUUAUAUUUCACCUAAACUAUGAUUUUACACUGCAGAAACGUCUUAUGUAGGGUGGGGAAUACACAGCGACACGGUUAAGUGUUUCUUUCCAUUAUAGUUGUAUGUUGACUUUGGCAUGCCUUGUAAAAUGAGAUGAAUUACAUCUAGAAAACAAAUGUAUACGUAAUUAUUAAGCGUCUAUGCAUCGAAAAUGAAACAUUUUAAUAGAUAAUACUGAAAAUGUACAAUAACCAUAUUGCA